AUGUUCAACUCAGUCAACAAGGAGGAGGACCAGGAUAUCAUCAUUGACGAAAGUCAAGUGUCGAUGCAAGAGGGUUCGGAGGAACCUGAGGGCUCUGGAACCGUGGAAUACGACUCGGACGGCGCGCCCGUCAACUCGGACGACGAACUGGCCGCCAUUUCGUCCUCCAAGCGGCAAAAGGCGCAAAACGUGUUCCGACGGUCCUACAAGGCCUGUCUCAACUGCCGCAAGCGCAAAAUCAAGUGCGACCUGGGAGACCUUUCCAACCCGUCAAAGCCGCCCUGUGCCCGCUGCAGACGCGAGGGCAAGCAGUGCGUGUUUGUCGAAAGCAAACGAGGAGGAGUGGCCAAUGUGCGUGCUGGCAAGGAGAAGAAGCGCAAGCUGGAGAGUCCUAGUCCCCCGGUACUCAUGAGAAAUUUGCUAGGGGUUCCCCAACCGCGCGAUCAGCAUUUUAAACAGCAUCAACAACCACAGCCCUAUGAACCUGUACCUCCUUCUGCUACCCCUCUUAGUGCCCCCAACUCAGCUCCUGCCCCUGGACCUCCCAAAACAGUUCCCUUUACUCGCUUCCAGGGAGCUCCUCGAGGCCAGCCCCUCCCUCAGCCGCUUCCUCCUCAGCCCUCUUCUGUGGCCCAUGAGCCGUACAGACAGCCCACGACUUUUUCGACAGACUUUGACCCGGAGUACCCGGGCUUCCAGGGUGUCCAGGGAGAGUACAAGCAGGGCUUUGCGGGUCACCAGCAGCAGAACCAGAUUUCCGGCGUGCCCAGAUCUAUGAGUGACGUUAGUCAGCAUCAACAGCAGCAUGUUCAUGGUUUCUAUCAGGACCCUCAACAGCAGCAACAACAUAACGUUCAACAGCAUCACCAGCAGCAGCAACAUCAGCAUCUGGCCCAUACUGUCCAACAACAACAGCUGCAUCAACAACAACCGCAGCAAACACCUCAGCCGACACAGGAACCGACUGGAGACGAGUACAUUGCAAAGAAGGAAAUGUACAACACUUCGGAUGCUCUGGACAUUCUUGCACACGCUGCACGAUCAUUUCCCAAAAUUGACUCCCCUGCUACUCCUAAUGCGGCUUCUCCUUCACCUCCUUCAGUCAGACCACUGGCUUCUUUGGGAGACAUGGAGUUGAUUCGGACACGCAAGAUUCUCACAGAGGAAGAAGCUCUCAACCUGAUUGAUUUCUUCUUCCACACAAUGCACCCCUUCUACCCGUUCAUUCCCAAGGAACUGCAUUCCGGAUCUGUUCUGGCAGACUACCCUAUUUUGCUGGCAGCUAUUCUCACCAUCGCUUCACGGUACCAUUCUCUUCCCGAACCUGUUGUUGUUCAUGAGAACCCCGGCAACAAAAAGAAAGCGUCUAGAGCGGCCCAGAUCCACUCCAAAAUGUGGAUCUACUGCCAGCAGAUGAUUUCUCGAAGUAUUUGGGGAGAAGCUAGCAGCAGAUCCCUCGGUACAGUCUAUGCCUUUUUGCUCUUCUCUGAAUGGAACCCCCGAGCUAUUCAUUGGAGAUGGUUUGACUACGCCAACCCCAGAUUUGAUACUACCGACUCAGAGGUAUAUCAUGAUGUCGAGUUGUCCGUAGGGGCUUCUCCCGACUCUGCCAGACGAAAUACGCCUGGAUCUAGCGGGUUCUCGAUUCAGAAUGAGUCUGAUUGCAAAGAGGUGGACGAGAAGGGAGGCCUUGGAGCCUCCAGACGGUCUGAUCGUCUGGCUUGGAUGAUGAUUGGAACAGCUAUUCGUCUGGCUCAGGAGAUUGAUAUUCUUGAAACCAACCCCAAGGUGUUCAUUGCUACGCACCUGAGUGAGCUGGUGCUGGCAAUUCGAGUUGGCAGAAAGUCCAUUCUGGCUCGAUCUGUCAACGAAAUCACUCCUUCUACGCUCAAAUUCACUCCCUUCGAGGCCGCAAAGCUGGGUUUGCUUCAGAUCAUGGCUCUAUCACAUGAGACGCUGUACAUGUCACGUGAGACGACCCGAGAGAUGCUUAAGGACGGCAAGUAUCUUCGGUUUCUGGCGCUGUUCACGCCUCAUUUGCAAAACUGGGAAGAGAAGCAUUUCAAGAACAUUUCACUUCCUGUGGAUGCUCCUGAGAACGACAAAUUGGAUGCUCUGUCGAUCAAAUUUGACUACUACUACACCCGACUGUACAUUUUCUCGCUGGCGUUGUUCACAGCUGACAAGCAGGGUCUGUCUGUGGAAGAGCUGAUACCUCAGAGUCGAUAUGUGGCUAUGGCUACAGAUGCUGCUCGAGAGAUGCUGGCGGUGGCCAACUCGGUGCAUCGAAUGGAGGCUCUCAAGUAUGCUCCUGUUCGAUGGGUGGUUCGAAUUGUGCAUGCUACCGUCUUCUUGUUCAAGGCUCUGGCUGUCACUUCGUACAUUACCAAAUACUCCAAGCAGGACAUUAUUUCUGUGAUUCAGGAAAUCUCUGUGACUCUGCGGGACGCUUCUCCUGAUGACCUGCACCUUGCUUCCCGUUACUCGGGUAUUCUGAUGCAUCUCUGUGUGGACAUCUUGGCCAAGGAGAAGGAAGCCAACAGUACUCCUGCCAGUAACGCUUCUCAGCCGACUCCGACAGAUUACUACCAGUUUCACUCUCCCUCGUCAGCCACUGGACACCAUCACAAUGUUGUUCCUCCUACUCGGUCUCAUUCCUUGUCAGGAGUGGCGGGUGCACAUACCCCUGUCGCCCACGGGUCUGUGCACAGUAGCAAUAGCAAUGCUGCCCCUACUUCGAGCCACCGGAAGAAGAAGGAGACAGAAGAAGAUCCGUCGCAGCUGCUUCGCGAUUUCGGAUUUGGACUGCUGGAUAUGGACUUUGACUUCUUCACGGAGGGAACGGAGGGUUUGGGAUUUGUGGAUCCUCUGAUUGAGGGCAUUGAGCAGCAUCAGCAGAAGAUGCAGAAGAAGAACGGUAGUUGA